UUCGAGGCCGACGGCGCCCUCAACGCCAACAAGUCGUCCUAUCGGUACUUAUAUGCCACCAAUUUUUGUAUCGUAUCGAUUGUCUACCUGUUGGACACGGACUCGCUGGCGGCGGUGGGCGAGUCGUCCGAUGUACUCCUGUUUAACGACAUCUCCGCCCCAAAGCCAUACGUGGGGCGGUUCACACUGAGCCGAAAGCUGCGCUCCAUAUCCAGCGUGACGUACGUCCCGUCGCACAACGUACUGGCGUUCCGGGCAGUCGGUUGCGACACCCUCUACACCGCCGAUCUCGACAAAAUGGUGCCCGCGUUGGCCGGGCGCAAGUCCGCCAAACCUCACCCCAAGCACCCGGACUUCGUGACGCUGACGCACUUCAAAUGGGGUCAACUGAAGUACGGGGCGCCCAAGGGGGCCGACAUUCAGUUCGUGAACCUCGCGUACAAUUGCGGUCUAAUAGCGUGCGGUAACGACUCGGGACAGGUGCUCGUCUACGGCGCCGCGCAACUGUUCAAAACGGCUAAUUUGGAUCCGUUGGAAACGCUGGACGCGACCGACAAGUGGCCGUCCACUAUGAGCGCGCCAAUAAUAAUGCGUUCCGUCAGCAUAUCCAACGAUAAGAAGUAUGUAAUCGGGACCACCAAUAAGAAU